GUGGAGUCGUUCAGCUGUGAAGGAAGUCAUCGAGGAACUCAGCCAUGUCAGAAACAUCGAACCAACUCACGCCGAUCUCAGCAGGGGAAAAUCAAAUAGAUGGGGAAGCAAAGGACGAGGAGACCUACGGGAACGCGGGGCAAGCCGAGCCAUCCAAGCAAGAGUUGAACGACCAGCCACUCGACCUGGAGGAAGACUUGUUCGGAGGCGAGGAGGACGACGAGGGCUCGGCUGGCGAACUCCUCCCCGACGACGAUGACCAAGCUGAUCUCAAGAGAAGCGCGCUCGAGUACGAGGAGGAUGACGAUGCUCAGCCCACUGCUUCUCGUAAUCUAUACAUCGCCGAGGCUCCUUUGCCGAACUUACCAUUCCCAAAACCUUCGGAUGGCAAGCAUUGGGAUAUGAGGAUUCCCAACUUUCUAAGCUUCAAUCCACUACCAUUUUCGGAUGAAGAGUUCCUCAAUGAAAACGAGUCCAGUGAAAAAGAAGGCGGAGAAAGUGAGGCCGCUAAGGUCUUAACAGAUCAGAAUGUAAUCAGAUGGCGAUGGCAAAAAGAUUCGGAAGGGAAUCCCGUCAAACGGUCAAACGCGCGGGUGAUAUGCUGGGAGGACGGCUCACAGUCGUUACAGGUCGGCUCAGAGUUAUUCGACAUGAUAUCUACCGUAGACGGCCGACAAAACAACAACACAACCACUCAGCAACAACCGGGGGCGACAACGCAAGGUUUGACCUAUCUGUUUGCGCAACACUCUGAGCUAAAGCUGUUGGAGGCGCAAGCGUCGAUCACCGGUCAAGUCACGCUGAGACCCUACAGCUUGAACUCGAUGACCCACCGAAACAUCGUCGCCAACCGGUCGCUCCUGAAGGCCAAUUCGCAGCGACAGACGAGUUUGAGGGUGAUCACCUUGGACCCCGAAAAGGAGAAGAUCGACAAAGAGCUGGAGGAGGAGCGGAAGCUGAAGGACUUGAAGAAACAGGAUGCCAAGCUCGCCCGACAGAACUCUCGUCAAACCAACCUCUUGGAGGGUGGCUCGAGGGGUGGGGUCCGAAAGCGUAGGUUUAAUGCGCCUUUGUUAUCCGACGAGGGCGAGUUCGAUCAGGUCGAUGAAGAGGAGGAGGAGGAGGAGGAGGAGUAUGAGGAAGAGAUGGAGGAGGACGAGGACGAAAAUCUGGAUGAUUCCGGCCGCAAUCAUCGUCAGCCGAGCCACCACGAACCACAGCUAACUGAACUCGAACUGGCCGAUCAAAAGCUCGAAGAGCAGGAACUCGAUCGCAAAAAGAAAAGCUCCGAUCGCGAUCGUGGUCAUGUUCAAAAACCUUCUAAACCUGAGCCAGUCCCUAGGUGAACCUAAGAUCACUAAGCGCAAACUUAUCAUUGCUUCUGAUGACGAAGAUUGAUCAUAUCCUGUAGACAGUUUAAUUCUCUCUCAGCCGAUUUGUUCUUCUAUUUCUUCGAUGGCUUAUCAAUCAGUCUAUAUUAUAUUCUUAAAUCGUUAAUCACUUUUUUUAUAUAUUUCUGUCUCGCCAUUUUUGUUUCUUUUGUCCAGAUGCCACACAUUCUACAUUUUUCACCCUGGAUGAUAUGCUGGUUUUACGUUCCCAUAAAUUUUGUUUGUAUCACAAAAUCAAUAAAUUCACUGAAAUGAAGAAAAAAGAAACGGAAAUCAUCGGAC